UUAUGUCACGUAACGUCGUACGUACGUGGCUUCAGACCCAAACAGUGUAAGAGGACUCCGCCAGGAAUGCAUCAGCAAAAUGCGGAGUCUUGCAUGUCAACACGUUUAAUAAACUCUCUGAUUAUUGAAUUUAUGGUUUUUGCUAACGAAGCUUGAGGUGACGGCAUAAGGGUUAAGCUAAAUUUGCUUUUUAAAUCAAUAUCCAAGUCGUUAGCAUCGGUGCAUUUGCACUGUGCCAUCCUGUAAGGUGACACGUCUCUGGCACUGGUUUGUCUAUAGGCAAACAGCAUGGCAGACGUCGAGUCCUCUUUUGAAUUUAGCUCGUCAUUGACAAGUUCCUCGCUGCCUCCUCCGCGGACUCGAAUCUUUAAGAUCAUCGUGAUCGGAGACUCCGGGGUCGGCAAGACCUGCCUCACCUACAGAUUCUGUGCGGACAAGUUUCCUGACAAGACUGAGGCCACCAUCGGGGUGGAUUUUCGGGAGAAGGUUGUCGAAAUAGACGGCGAGCAAAUUAAGGUCCAACUAUGGGACACCGCAGGCCAGGAGCGUUUCCGAAAGAGCAUGGUGCAGCAUUACUACCGUAACGUCCACGCUGUGGUGUUCGUCUAUGAUGUCACCAACGCUGCUAGUUUCCGAAGCCUUCCUGCAUGGAUCGAGGAGUGCCGUCAGCACGCCCUGGGUCAGGAGGUGCCCAGAAUCCUGGUCGGGAACAAGUGUGACCUGCGGCACGCAGCUCAAGUAAGCACUGAUGUAGCGCAGCAGUUCGCCGAUGCCCACUCAAUGCCUCUGUUCGAGACCUCUGCCAAGAAUCCCUACGGAAACGAGGAUGGCAGUCGGAAUAAUAGUGACCACGUUGAGGCCAUUUUUAUGACGGUAGCGCACAAGCUAAAAUCCCAGAAGCCGCUGAUGUUAAGCCAACCACCUAGAAGACCUGGAGAUGUUGUCACUCUUAGGAGGCAGGAGGAAGAGGACAGGGGAACCUGGGGCUGUAGCUGCUGGAGGAGCUAAUAAAGGGAAACACCUGAUCGCUCUGUUCAAAUCAAAUCAAAUCAAAUCGGGGGUCACCACUUAGCAUGGAGGCAACUAAAGCAAAACUAUACACAAAGGGAGAUUAGGAGAUUAUAUCUGUGAACGUUUUAUCAAAUAUAAACUCUCCUUAGGAGUCAUUUUUGAACUCAAUGUGCAAGAUGCCCAUCAUUUUGAAGGUAAAAAGACUCUAGGAAGUGUUUCUUUCUGUAGAGGCUUUGACACGUUGCACGUAGGCCAGCCUGUCUUACAUAUUUUAGCUUCAGUCACUGUAUGUCAGCCUCUAACUUGUACGCCUUCACUGCCACACAUUCUAACAAGAUAAAUAAACAUACCUACUAGAUUUAAUAUUCAGUGGAGUUUCACAGGGGGUUACCGUCAUACACAUGAUGUUGCCUUGAAUAUCAUAGCUCUGAAGCACUUUUCAUGCCAAAAUUAGAUAAAGGGGUCAGUAAAAUAAUUUGCCUCCCAGGUGAAACUGCAAGUCUGCGUUAGUCUGUGCAUUUGUGGUUUGUUUUCUCCCUCUAUCUCGCCCACACACAUACAGGCACUUCCUGCGAAAGUUGUCCGUUGGCUCAAGGGAAAAGAUUUAGCAUUAGUGCCGCUCAUAGGUUUCAGAGAAACAAGGGAUGAAUUUAAAACGAAAGUAAAACUGAUAGCAUUCUAUUACUGAAUAUAUUUUUAAAGCCAGUCCUUCUCCACUGCAGGCAUUUAUAUGAACAAAAUCUACUGUAAGCACUUCCGGGUUAUCAAAUCAAUAUGUGUAAAUGAUGUGCGGAUUUAAAAAGAUAAAAAGUCAGAUGUCAGAUAAAAAGAAAUUUCUUUAUAAAUUUUCCUACAGUCAGAUGUGGUAUAUAGAGCUGUAGAAAUAUCACAGUAUACCUUAUUAUUUUAGGCAAAAUUAAAAAAAAUCUGUAAUGCCUACCACAGAUUAUCUUGCAAAUCCACAUGCAUAUUAUACAUGGUAUCUGCUUUGUGCAUGCUCUGAUAACAGUUCUGAUAUCAAUCUUUAUAUUUCCCUGUAAUCUAUCAGGACAAGUAUACAGUACAUCGGACUUGAUAAUGACUACAUUUUCUUUCCUGGUGUUCAUUGCAGUCCUUGUUCAAUCCAUUACAGAGAAUAUUCAUUCAUGUCUUGAAUAUAACCACAGCAGGCCCUGUGGAGUGCAUCAAAGCAGCAUGCCCCACUAUCUUUUUUGUCUGUCAAGUUUUUUUUUUGCAUAUAAUUGCAGUGGUCUAUUUGAAGUAGGUUGGUUAAGGGGCUGAUUAGCUUGAGCAUUAAAUUGUUUGACGGAGGUCAGAUAUUAGCAGCAUGUGAUUGGUUUAGGAAAUUUGCAUGGUUAAUGAUGGCCCUCAAAUAAGUGCAAAGUGCUGAGUACAUACUUGAAGUCGUGCAAAAUGUUUUGUCCAUGAGUGUUUACGGUUUUUUUUUGUAUCACAAGGUGGCUUGGUUUUGGGUGUCGACAGGCUUUUGCCAUUGCAUUCAUGCAUUAGUCUCUGGUUUUUCACAUUUUAAGUCUUUCCUUCAGGCUCUAACAAAUGAAUGAAAACAAGUUGAUCUCAGAAAGCCACAAAAACUGUAUGUUGAAAAACAUACUGUUAUGGCACUUGAAUGACAUGUGUGCUACAUUUUGUAUUUUAAAUUAUUGUUGUUAUUUUGAAGGUUUUGGUUUUCAUUAUGCAUUUUGCAAGUGUAUGAGCCAAUUCAUGAUAUCAGGGUUACAAAAACAGUACCAUGCCAAAAAAUAUAUCAAGCAUGCAAAACAUGUAUCUUGACUAAAACAUGCCUAUUGGUCAUGAGUUGGAGUGUUAGUUAUAAGGGAAAAAAAACUACAUCAACAAUCAAUGUGCUACAAAUCAAAUGCAUAUGAAAAAAAAAUCAUACCGUUGCGGUUUUGGUUUCAAAAGUUUUAAUGGUUUACUAAGAAAUAA